UUUCUUGUGGCGUUCUUGUCUGCUGUGAAGGUCCAGUCCAGAAAGGUUAGUUUAAGUUACGCCGGUCCCUGCCGAUUUACGAGCGACAACUAUUUGCGGGCAGACUGCUCUGCGACCAAGAGCUCGCUUAAUAGCUCCCAAUGCGAGGCCAGAGCCGAUGGUUCAAGUAAGGGUGAGUCAAAAGUGAAAACUAUUUAGAAAUAAAUCUAAUUAGUCUCAGUUAAGCGAAGGAGCAAAGCAAUCAAGAGAUUAACGUGAGUAUAAUUGAGUAUAUGCAUUCCAGUACAAAAGCGAUAACACUGUGAAUAUGGAAAUUUAUCAUUUAUUUAAAAUGUCAAUUUUUUAAAAAAAAUGUUUAAUAUUACCUGCAAAUAGCUAACGAGCUAGUCGAGGCUGGUAACUUAAAAAAGUAAACGGAAAGAGUUUUGUUCGUAAAAAUCACGUCAUGACAAGUUGCUAUAAGUAAUAAAGUUACACUGUGGGCAUUCAUUAGUUAAUUUUGAUAUUAUUAGAUUUAAAAAUACUUUUUUUAGGAUAAAAUCAAAACAAGGUAAAAUAAAAUAGUUUAAAAGAAAUGGCGAGAAGUAAGCUGCAAGGUUUAAAUGUAUCUCUUAUGAUUGAUAAUUACGUUAAUUUAAAUUGAUUUACGUGUUGAAGAAUGGUGGAUUGGUCAAGAUAUGCCUGUUUGGUCUUUAGAUCUUAAUGAGCGACUUAUGUACUUGAGUUUUGAAAUUAUUAGUGAUGUUAAAGUUGUUUUAGAUGUUUUGGUAAGACAUUUUACGCUUUAGCUGUGUAGUAUAUGUUUUGAAUUGGCACAUCGAAUUAGAGGUUGAUAUAGCAUAAUGGCAACUUAAAGGCCGAUUGCUUUUCACAAACCUAGGGAUAGCAUAAUCAUUUUUUGUAGAUAAAAAAUGUAUCAGCCAUAAUACAAUCGUGCUGGUAGCCGGAUAUGUUGAGUAAAUUAUAACCUAGGCUUGUGGCAGAUCAGACGCAAAGGAAAUAUAAAACGUCUGGCAAAUGAGAUUGGCAUGGCGCUUUCCGGUUGCCGGUCUGCCAUCGGUCAAUUUGGUGCUAAGCUUUGCGCGCCAAUUCAUCGCUCUCUUCGUGUUGUCACGAUCUCAGUCAUGCGCAGAAGAAAAAUAGAGAAGGAAGUUGUUUGAUCAAGUGUCCGUCCACACGUAUUUUGAUUGUUCUGAAAACUGAAAGCUUUUUUUCUCCGUUUAAGGCAUUCCUGCACCAAAAAUACAAGUUUUCGAAAAACGGUCCACAGAGUGGAGUUUUUUCUUGCAAACGCUGGCUUGUUAGAGACCUUAGUGAAAUUACGCAACAGGACGGCAGGAAUAAGAGGCUGCAAAAUUCUCGUUUGUGACAAACGUGGCAGGGUUAUUACUUACGUGUUUUGUCGUUAUCUUCACUUAGCAAUUUAUGUUUUCGGGUCUUUUACAAAAAGAUCAGUUUAAAGGAAAUUGAAGUUUGGCGAAAAGUUAUUCAAAACAAAAUUAUUGUCACGCUUCAGUGUCAUACAAGCGGUUUGCCGUCUUCUUACCUCUCCCGUCCUGUUGUGUAAGUUCACUCUUAAGAUACGAGGACGGCGACGGCAGGUAAAACGUCGCUUCAUGUAAAAGUGAACUGAUUUUUCAAUCUUCAUCGAGGUUAUUCCAUUUCGCUUGCAAGCUUUCUCGAAUGUACGUGACAUCUCUUGGAGUUGAAUUCCUAAGAGCCUUAUGUAAGUUAAGAAAGAGAAAGAAAAUUUCGUCGUUGUUUGUUUUAGGUGCAUGAUGUUACACGAGACGAAUCGUAACGACGAUUGUUAGCGCAACACAGGGUUCAAAUGUUGGAACAACGCUGCAGCCUUUCGAAACGACGUCGCAACAAUGUUUUAACGCUGUACGUGUUGCGUUAAAAAUCGUCCCAUGUAACAUCACCUUUACGUCCUCUAUAAAACAUGAAAUUAGGCUUUUCUCACGUGGUAGACUUGGAAAAACGGCAAAGAAUUGUACAAAAAGGUGUGAUACACGCGCAAAGUUUUGCGUUUUAAACCUAUUGCUCUUAUGACGUUCUCGUUGUCGUCACUGUCGUCUGAUCUUAAGGUCCCCAUUGCUUUUGUGACAUGUUGGUAUCAUACACUAUCCAGCAUAAAAGAACGAGCGGAUUCCCUUUUGUCAUAUAGUAUAUCCUCUGUAAAGGACGUUAUAGUGUUUCCAUCGUUUCAUAUUUUUGCUCUUGUGGACGGGCAAAAAGGGACUCGAAUACUCUUCGGGUAAACGCGUUUUUAAAAAAGGGGGGAAUCUCUGGUUAGGUGUGGAAGAGGGCUAAAUAUAUAUUAUGUAUUAAUUUGUAUGGUUUAUUUUACGUAUUUUAACAACAGAUUACUAACAUAUCCAAAAAUAUAUAUGUUUAAUUUUUUUAUUGCUCACAGUUUGCGAUCACUACCGUUUAGGAUUGUUUUUUUUUUUUUGCCUCUUUCUUUAGUUACUGCCUAUAUUUUGUAAUUAAUUACCAACCGUAAAGCUUUAUCACCGUCACAUUAAUUUAAACAUUUCUUUUGCAGGAAAUGCCGAAUCAAGAUUUCAGCUUUUACCUGUAGAAAUAAAGGAAACCAAAAAUAAAUGUAUUCAGUUUAUCCAUCUGGAUACUGGUGCAAAGUAUGCGCUCAAGGUGGUGAAUCAAAGUAGAGUAGUGUUUGAGGUGUGUUGACAUCAUAAUCGUAUGCAGCGUUCUAAAGUACAGUUAAAUCUUCAUCCAGGGAAUACCCGAAAAAGUUUUAUACCGGGAGGCUCCACUCCCUAGCCCAACCCCUUUUACAUACCAUUUUUGAGGGAAAAGAUACCCCUUUCGUAUCAUGGUACCCCUUUCACAUACCUAGUUUAGAACUUUGCUUCCCUUUUAACUGCUGUAAAAUGCACCCUCUUUAAAAUAUAUGAAACAAUCACAAAAAACCAGAACGCUUUCUCGACUUUUCUCACAGCCACAAAAAGCAUCUUGUAGCCCCAGUUUUAGGCCUUUUUACCGUUUGUAACUACAGAUUUACCUAGCCUUUCAUUUAUCUAAAGCAUGAAAAAGCUAUCCCUUUUGGGCGGGGAAUCCCCCUUUUGGGCCAUUAUAGGGAGUACUCUCCUGGAACCUCCAAUAAGCGGCCACCCUCGGGGUACCGGCAAUUGGCCGCUUAAUGUGGAUUGUUCACUCAAUAAAGGCUUGUCAUAAAUUAUAAUAACCUUUAGCAGAAACAUACUUUAUUUUGAAACAAACACGGAACGGGAGCGGCAUUACUGGCCCAAGAUCAUCCCUUACAUUAUGAUUGAAUGUAUUUUACUUCAUUAUAUUUUCAAAAUGAAGCCAAACUAAGAUUAUCAAGCGCUUGCUGGCCGCUUAUGGAAGUCAGUAAUGGGUGCCGGGAUGGCUAAAAGAAGACCCCGGGCACAGGCGCUCAAUAGAGGUUUCAUUGACAGUUCUUUUCCACAAUUAUUUUGUGAAUUGGGACUUUGAUUACUGACCGCUUAAUUGAGGGUAGUUCAUAAACUAGUGGCCUCUUAAUGGGGGUUUAACUGUACUUAAUGUAGAGAUGGUACCUAACAGUUUUGAAGGUACUUAAUAUAAAAGUAAUUCCGCGUUCUAUAAUAACAUCUGAAAACUACCAAGAAGGAAUAACAUAGAAUCUAGGCAGAAAUAUGGAACAAUGACCAAGAAUAUAACUUUAAAUAAGGGGAAAAUGGUAAGCCCACAGUACGAAACCCCGGGGUACACAACAAAGUUUUAUACGGUUGGCUCCACCCCUUCAUAUACCCUAUACACAUAUUCAUAUAUACCAUUUUUAAACGAAAAGGUAUGAAUGAAUGAAUGAAUGAUUUAUUUAAUGUCGAAGACGUGGAAAGUGUUUACACAAUCUUCCGAGCCAGAGGCUCAUGUUAAAAACGCUCGACAAACUAAAAAAUACAAAACAGGAUAAAAAGUGAAUUGUGUAUAUACAAAUAUUAAGAAAAACCUAAAAACAUCGUAAUUUUGGGAAAAUUUUUUAAGAAACUAUUUUCUGAAAAAAAAAACACUAAAAAAAACCUAAGAACAUGCAUUAAAAAUAGUUUAAAACGGACUAAUCAUUAUAAACUGAUUAAAAUAUUAAAAAAUAUAAUUAUACCAGUAUAAUUAUAUAUGUAUUUGUAAAAUAACUGAGAUAGUACACGUGAUCUGAUUGGUCAAAAACCUAUGGUUUAUUAUACCAGUAAACCCAUCGAAAAAGGCAUCCGGACCACGAGCCAUAAACAAAACCGGCAAUUGAUCUGCAAACAACGAUUUUAGAAAGGCUAAAAAACAGAAAAAGUUACUUACCCAGCCCUUCGUAACGUUAAAAGCGUCGGUUUCCACAUUUUAUUACUGAGCCUCACAAUUCGCUACUGCCAUAGCUUUAGAAGUUAUAAAGUACAAAGCUGAAAACAGUUUACAUUUCACGACGAUGCCAAUCCGAGAGAAAGACAACAACUGUGUGAAUUUCUGGUGUAGAAAGUCUCUAGGAAAACUUAACCAUGUGCCAACCAGCAACAAAACGGAUAGUUUUAGCAUUCUUGAUUUAUUUUAUGUCAAAAUUAAAUUCCUUAAUGAAAGAAAUUGUUCCAAAAAGAGAUCUCUGAUCAAGAUAUGGUAUAAAAUCGGCCGCUGUAGGUUGUAAACAAGCUGCCAACGAUGAUGAAAGAUGUCAGAGUUUCGGGCUGGUUUUUUCCAACAUUUGCACAAAUUAUUCGGUGAUAUCGAUGCCAUAACCUACCUCAAACCACCUGACUCCACGAAUCGACAAAUAUUAACGCCAAUAUGUGGCUACGGCAAAGAAACCUUUCUCCACCACUGACAUAUUUCCAUCGGUCGCUGUACGUGCAUAUAAAGUUACAUGCGACAACUUCGCAAAUGCAGCCACGUCGUUACCGCAGCAUUUCUUGAUCAUAAUAAAGUCCAGAAAACAGAUCUCAAACCACUGCGGCUUGUAAAAAGUGAAUGAAGUCCUCCAUUACAAUAGCUGUCAGUUCCGUCUGUAACAAUGAAAUUCUUACGAAUCGACUCAACAAAAUACAGCUGCGUACAGUCUGAUGUUCAAUAAAUUUCUACUUCUGUAGUAAACAAACCAUGAACGUAUUCUUUCAUUGUACGUUCCUGUAAAACAGCUUUCAUAAGUUAUCAUGUAAUGAGUGCAAAAACUCGUGUUUUGAAGUGCUGCUGUUUGUUGUUUGACUGAACUGAGUUUUGAGAAAGUUCAACGCUAUUAAAUCGUGAGUCAUGAUUGGCUUAUGAUGACUUUAGAGAGAAGACGUGACUUGAUCACGGUACUAGAACCAUAUUUUUUACCUAAAAGACUCCAUUCUACCCGAAGUUAUUUUAUAAAAGCAAUAGACCACACUUUCUAUGGGUUUACCGGCGUGAUAACCCACUUGGGAUGUUGGGAGAACACUCGAAAAGCUUGUAAAUCACUCGCCUUCGGCUCGUGAUUUACAAGCUUUUCUCGAGUUCUCCCAACAUCCCAAGUGGGUUAUCACGCCGGUAAACCCAUAGAAAGUGUGGUCUAUUUCUUAAAUAAACUAGCCCAAGAGUAUGUAAAAAUGUAAAAAUAGGUAAAGUUAUAUACUGUUCAUGCAUUGGUACCCUGUGAAAUUGACAUUAUUAAGGCGAGCACGAAAUUGCGCUAAAGUGCUCGAAGAUUUGGUUGCAGUUGGCAAUUGAUUCCAUAUGUGGGCAAUCAUGCAUAAAUAAGAGUUGUGCAUGACAAAGGCUGUUAUAUGGAGGCUGAACAACAUUUAAUCCACUGUCUCGUAGAUUGUAUUUAGUUAGCCGAGGUGUAAAAAAUUUGGAAAUAUAAUUAGGGCCAUCUAGUUUAAAACAUUUAAAAAAUAAGAUAAGCGAUUGCAGGGUACGUCUUUGCUCAAGCUUGCCCAUAUCAGCCAUUGCUAGGCAAAAGUCAUAGGUAGCCGAAUUACCUAAAUUCAUUAUUGCCUUGAUCGCAUAAUGAUUGGUACGUUCGAUGUUAUUUUUCAAGACCUUAGAUAUGCCCAGAAGUAGUGGGCAACAGUAUUCUAAAUGCGGUAACACGUAGGCUUUAUAAAGGGAAAUGACUUGAACGUCCGAAGGAACCAAGCGCUUAAUCCUCCAUAGUGCGGCUAUCUUAGCAUACGUUUUUUUCAGCUUGAUUGCCACGUGGGGCUUGAAAGACAAAUCUCGAUCCAAUGUAACGCCAAGAAUCUUGAGAGUUGGUUCAAUUUCGAUGGACUUAUCACCAAUAAAAAGAUUAUAUGGGUACUGAGAUUUCCCCAGCGUCAUUGCCUGAGUUUUAGUAGCGUUUACUUGCAGGUAAUUCGCAGUGAACCAGAGGGUUAAUCUCUCUGUAUCUUGAUUCAGUGUAGAUUCUAGUGUGCAGGGGCUCUCAUGGGCUAUAUAUUGCGUUGUGUCAUCAGCAUACAGACGUAGGGAGGAAGAUCCAGCUGAGUAAUUGACAUCAUUCACAAAGAUAUUUAAAAAAGCGGACCUAGAAGACUCCCUUGCGGUACUCCACAGCGAAGAGGCAGCCAGUCUGACACCUUCCCGUUACAUUUUACUCGUUGAAAGCGGCCUGAUAGAUAUGACUGAAUCAGUUUUAUAGCUGAAUCGUGAACGCCGUAAGCUUUCAGUUUUGCUAGUAAUAAAUUAUGACAAAUCGAGUCAAAUGCUUUGGAUAGGUCAAUAGCGAUCACCGCCACAUCGUUUUUAUUGUCAAGAGCCUGGCGCCAAUCAUCAGUUAGCUUUAAUAAAGCGGAACAGCAAGAAUGCCCAAGCAGGAACCUUGACAUAUUAUCCGAAAAGACUGGUGUGAAUACGCUGUAUAAUUGAUCAAAUUGUAGUUUCUCAAACACCUUGGGUAUAACUGAUAAGACACUAAUAGGGCGAUAGUUCGUCUUAGAUGUUUCGUCGUCUUCUUAUGAACUGGGGUGACGUUACUAAGUUUCCAUUGACAUGGCCACUCGCCUACAUCAAUACAAUAAUUAAAAAGUUUAGUCAUAGGUCCAGCUAUGACUGGAGCGGCAAUUUUAAGCAGCUUGGGUGGUAUUCCGUCGAGACCAACAGGCUUCCGAACGUUUAGAUUAGAGAGAAUUUCAGAAACUCGGGCCAUACUAACUGGAUGAAAAUAAAAAUUAGUUCUGGGUGCCGUCGUCUUAAUAUUGACAACACUGGCGUGGCUAGAAAGUUCAUCCACGGAAAAGAUUAGGAUGGACUCAUUAAUUGUUGGAGACGCAAAACAUGAAUAAAAUACAAAACCAGAACGUACUCUCGAGUUCUCGCGGCCAUAAAAUUCAUCUAGUAGCCCUUGGGUCUUUUUACCGACCAAAAUAACACAUUUCCCUGUCCUUUCGUAUACUUCAACAAGUGACAUCCUAGAGCUGAUCCUACUCUAUCAUAUACAUGAACUUGAAAAAAAAUUAAUAAAAAUACCUGAAGCCUGGAAAAGGCCCAAGCCUUUCGGGCGGAGCCUCCCCAGAAAAGAUGACAUUUCCAUUUCGAUUUGUUUGAACACUUUAUAUAUUACUGUUUUACAUAAUCAAUUUUGUUUACAGACGUAUCAAGGAUGUAGUGUCACCACACCCGAGGAGUUCCUGUUUGUACAAGAGCUUAGAGAGGAGGGUGACCAUAGAUAUUUUCGGUACAAACCGGUCGACAACCCAUCCAUGUGCCUUGGCAAAGAUAUCAACUGUAAUUCCCCUGAGAAACUAUCUCUUGUCGAGAGUGGAAGCAAUGCUGCAGACAAAGUUCAAAGGCGUUGCCUAUUUAAAAGACAUUAUCAUUAA